UCAAUAGUCAAUACUAUAAUAACAAAAUUUUUAUACGAAGAGAAUUUAGAAAUUUCAACAAAAUGUGAUAGGAAUUUUAUCGAUAAUAUUAAUGCCAUUAGCCUAUUAACCAAUGCGAUUCUGGUGGGCCUGGAGGUCCGUAUGUAAUCCCGUUCCGUUGACGCCACUGACUUUGACGAUGGUCUCCAUCACUUCCCUUGAAUUCAAAUUCUUGGUUUUCCGUUAUGUCCGGGAGUCAGGUUUUACACAUUCAGCUUUUGCUCUUGGGUGUGAGGCAGGACUUAGUAAAAGCACAAUUGAUGGCAAUUUAGUUCCACCUGGUGCUUUUGUUACAUUUGCACUUUAAGGAGUUCAAUAUAUUGAGCUGGAAGUAAACUCAAAUCAUAGUGAUGUUGACAUGGACAACAAUUUCUCAUUUCUACAACCUUUGGAUCUUAUCACAGAAGAUGUUUCUGAACUACAGAAAAUCAUAUGAACUUGAGUAGACAUUAUGAAUUAUGAAUUUGAACAGGAGAAUGAACAAGAACAUAUGAACAUGAGGGAGAAAAAACAAGAGCAGGACCAACAGGAGAUGGAGGAGGAUGAAGAGCAAGGAAACAGUAAAGAAAAGGAGAAACCACUUGAUGAUCACAUUGAUACAAAGGUUUAUGAAGAUAAAGUUAACAUUGGACAUGAAGAGAAUGGAACUUGUGAAGGGCUUAAAACAAUGGAAAUCUCCCCAAGUUCUACAUGCUUGCCUUGUGAGAUUCCUAGCUGUGAUGUGAAAGUUUUGGAAGGCCUUACCUCUGAGGUUUUUGCUUGUGCAUGGAGUCCAGCUGGCUCAUUUCUUGCUUCAGGAUCUGGAGAUUCUACAGCCCGAAUUUGGAGCAUUACAAAUGGACCUUGUAGUACAAUGCAGAAUGGACUGCUAAAUAUUGUGUUGAAGCAUUUUAGAGGUAGAACAAAUGAAAAAAACAAGGAUGUGACAACCCUUGAUUGGAAUGGAGAUGGAACAGUACUUGCAACAGGUUCUUAUGAUAAUCAAGCAAGAAUAUGGAGCAGGGUUGGCAUGUUGAGGAGUACUUUGAACAAACAUAAAGGGCCAGUCUUCUCUCUGAAGUGGAACAAGAAAGGUGAUAAUCUUCUAAGUGGCAGCAUGGAUAAAACCGCAAUUGUGUGGGGUGUAAAAACAGGGGAAUAGAAACAACAAUUUGAAUUUCAUUGAGCCCCCACUCUUGAUGUUGAUUGGUGAAACAAUGAUUCAUUUGCGACAUGCUCAACUGAUCACAUGACAUAUGUUUGUAAAGUUGGCGAAAAUAGGCCAGUCAAAACUUUCUCAGGGCACCAGGAUGAAGUUAAUGCUGUCAAAUGGGAUCCAACAGUUUCCUUUUUGGCUUCUUGCUCCGAUGAUUACACUGCAAAGGAUGAUCAUUUGCAUGAUUUGAAGGAACAUACCAAGGAGAUAUAUACAAUCAGGUGGAGUCCUACUGGUGCUGGUACAAACAACCCUAAUCAUCAGUUGGUGUUAGCAAGGUUUUUCUUGCAUCAACUAUGCAUAAUCAGUGACAUGGAUGCUGUAUAUAUCAGGCUCUCAGAUUGCAUCUUUCUGCCCUAAUGUAUUAUGGUAAUGGUAUUGCAUAUCCAAUAGUUGUCACAAGGAAAGGUGGUGCCUUACAUGUUUCUUCCAAUGAGAUGGUAAUAUAGUGACUAGGGCCCAAUCCAAACCAUACCUGUUGCUGUGAGGUAUUUAUUGUUAAACUUCUAACAUCUUAAUAAACCACUAAGUGCAUGCUAUCAGUAUAAAUCCAUAUUAGUUCAUUAAAUAGCCUUGCAGGAGAUGAGUACCACCAUGCUGUUAGAAUCAAGUUUCUACUUGUGUCGGUUGUGGAGCUUCUGGAUUGUGUCAAGAAUGCUCUAUGGGGUGGGGAAAUUGUAAAUUAUAAUAUAUGCAUAUGCUAAACAAUAUUAAAUUUCAAGGAAAUAAGAACUUUUGAUUGCACCUACCUUGUAGGUUGGUCAUAAAGUUGUGAAUUUAUAUAAUUUAGAAAAUAAGAGAACAUAAACAAACUACUUUAUAAUCCAUUCUAUAAAUUAUAGAGGCAUGAUAUGGAUUUUUAGAAGGGUCAAAAGGUGCUAAAUAACCUCUGAAGUUUAUACAGGGAGAUUGACUGUGAAGGAAGCUCCCAUUUUAUUGAAGCCUUUACUAGGCUUUGAAGUUUUAAGUUACAAACAAGUCAUCUUCAACUAGUUGUUCAACUAGUUGAGAUUGUAGAAGCACUUGUGUGCAUGCUGAUUGCAUUGAUUCUGUAAUGAUUUUCAGACGAUUCAUAUUUACUCUUUGGAUUGAUUUGUGAUCCAUAGGAUAUAGUAUCUCAAGAUCCUACCAUAAAAGCAUCAUGAAUAUACUUGCCACUUAUUUCAAAGAUUAAUGAACCUGUGAUUCGAAUCUUCUAUAAGGUGGGUUUGCAUCAUUCUUGAUUAUUUCACAUUUUUUAUCAGAAAUCUUAAGAAUUCUUCAUGCUUCAAAAAAUCAGCUUACACAUGCACUAAUGGAGCUUUUGAUGGUAGUUGUUUUGUUUCCAUUUAGGCUGAGAACUUCAUUCCUAAAGAAUCUACACAUAAGGUGUUUAAGCUACCAGAUAUCUGCAGUGAGUAAUGGUUUUGCCGCCCUACCACUUAGAAAUUUAUAGCCCCACAGGUUUUUGACUUAUUCUGAUGUAGUGAGGACUUAAAUUGGACUUUCUGGAGUGGAGGUGUGAUGACUAAUGCACUGGAUCGAUAUUUUUCUUUAAAACACAACCUUCAGAUGUUGUGUUUCUACAAUCUGUUGGUAAAUUCUUUCAAGGGCUCCUGUUGUUUCAGCGGUGUGGUACAGUUACUUUUAUUCAAUCUCUUUUCCAAUUUACAUGUUGGAAAGUGGGUGAUGGUAUAUAUUAUUAUUAUUAUAAUUACUGUUUUGCAGUUUAUCUGUUUCUGUCUUUUUAUAUUUUUGUUUUUUAUUUAAUUCCUUUAACUGGCAAGUACACAAUCUGAUUGCUGCCUCAAAGAGAGUAUCAGACUAAGUCGGGUGAGAGAGCUUAGAAGAAAAAUCUCUGAACUACUAUUUGGAUUGCAAUCCUUGUGCUUUCUGCUCAUGCUUAUGCUGCUUAUAUAUUUGCUGUACUCCACAAACUUUUGUGAUUCUGUUUCUUGAUUAGUGCCUCCUUUGAUUCCACAAUAAAGCUAUGGGAUGUGGAAUUAGGGUGCCUUCUCUACAGCUUGAAUGGCCACAGGUACUGAGCUUAAAAUUUCUGCUGUGACAUCUCAUAUUCUUGAUAGUAACCUAUGGGUGCUCUUUAAGGUCCCAGUUACAGCAUGACAAUAAAGACUUGGUUAUAUGAUAUCAUCAAAAUACUCUUCUUUUGACAUGUGCAAUUGUUUGCAAAUGAUUGUCUGACUAAUUCCUUAUUAGUAGGCCAGAGUAAGGACCUUUAGGAGGAAAUCAUCAAAUUCAAUUGAUUGAAAGCUUAGAAUACAACAGCAGUCACCAUAAUUGUGAUCACAGUGAUGAAUGAUUUUCUACUAUCAAGAAUAUGAGUAUGCCAGUGGGUCUAUGGAUAAAUGCAUGUACAUAUGGUCCAUGAAGGAAGGAAAGAUAGUAAAAACUUACACUGGAAAUGGUGGGAUUUUUGAAGUUUGUUGGAACAAGGAAGGUGACAGGAUUGCUGCUUGUUUUUCUAACAACAUAGUUUGUGUCUUGGUUUCCGUAUGUAGCCGAUUCUACUUCCCGAUCCUUGUAUAUUAUGAUCAUCAUCAUGGAAGGACUUCAUUUGUAGAAUUUGAUUAUUUUCUGGAACUCAUAUGUUUAGGUUGGAAAGCAGUCCGUAGAAUUUGAUUAUUUUCUGGAACUCACAUGUUUAGGUUGGGUAGUGCAUUUUGUAAAAUUAACUCUAUGAAAGCCUUUACUUAUUUGACUCGCCCAGUAAAUGCUCAUUAUACCCCUAGUGGAGCCGUAAACGCUAAA